AUGGGAAGUCCAGCCUGCUCCCUCAAGCUUCCUGAUGUCAUUGAUGAAUUUGAAUAUUUUCAGGAUGGAGAUUUGAUCAUUGGAGGAGUGCUCACUCUGAGGUCAAAAAUCGAAUAUCUAGGACUGCCUGAAGAAAAGACAUACAGCGUCCAGACAGGGCUUAUCCGUAGUCCUUCUUCGACAAAACUUCAGGAAGCAGUCAAACACUAUGCUUUCCCUCACUUGAGAAUGUGCUCAUCUGUUGGGUAUUACAUGAACCUCCUAGCUUUCCUCUACGCAAUUGAUAAUAUCAACCAGGAUCCAGACAUCUUACCCAAUAUCACUCUCGGCUUCCAUCUAUAUGACUCAUGGCUGGAACCCAAGAAGGGUGUACAGAGUGUUCUGCAGAUCUUAUCUGGACCAAAUGGGACAGUUCCUAAUUAUUCAUGUAAAGGACAAGGCAAGCUGGCUGGUGUUAUUGGAGAUCAAUAUUCAUCCACUACAAUCCCAAUCGCCCAAAUCCUCGGAUUGUACAGAUACACACAGUUGCAUAAAUAUGUGAAACAAAUAAAAAAUCCAUUUAAGAUCGCAGACAGAAUGACCUUCUUUGAUGACAAUGGUGAAUUUCCUUCCCAAUACACAAUAGCUAAUUGGAUGUGUGCUUUGGGUUCCAAACCACCAAAAAGCUAUGUUGAUGUUGGUUCGUACACACCAUGGGCUAAAGAGGAAGACCAAAUUUAUAUUGACCCCAACAAAAUAAUAUGGAACAAAGGCAAUAAUAAGAAGCUGGAAUCUCGGUGUGCGGACACUUGUUUGCCGGGAUCCAGAAAAAAGCAAGGAUCGUCUAUCCACUCUUGCUGCUAUGAAUGUGUCCCAUGUUCAGAAGGACAGAUAUCUAGAACGACAGAAUCUCUGACCACCGAUGUUCAUUGUGUUUGUAUUUUUCUUCCUGCAGACAGUGAAAACUGCAUGAAAUGUCCUGAUGAUGAAUGGCCAAAUGAGAAGAAGGAUCAGUGUGUUCCAAGAGUGGUUGAAUUCCUCUCCUACACUGAUGAUCCCAUUGUUGGAGUAUUUUCAGCUGUCUCCAUCCUCUGUUGUCUUCUGACUGGUUUAAUAUUAAGGAUAUUUAUACAUUACCAGGACACCCCCAUUGUUAAAGCCAAUAACCGGGACCUGAGCUAUCUUCUCCUGGUCUCCAUCAUGCUGAGCUUCCUCUGUGUCUUCUUGUUCCUCGGCCAUCCAGUAGAUGUGACCUGCAUGCUGCGUGUCACCUCUUUUGGUGUCAUCUUCUCAGUUGCCGUCUCUUCUCUACUUGCCAAAAGUAUCAUGGUGUGUAUUGCUUUUAAAGCCACCAAACCUGGGAGUCAUUGGAGGAAAUGGAUGGGAGCCAAACUGCCCAAUUUUAUCAUUUGUGUCUUCUCAUUGGUUCAAGUCAUAAUCUGUGUCACUUGGUUGUCUAUUUCUCCCCCCUUCCAGGAUCGGGACACUCACUCUUAUGAGGGGAAGAUGAUCGUUCAGUGUAAUGAGGGUUCAGUUAUCGGCUUCUACUCUGUCUUGGGAUAUCUGGGUCUUCUGGCAGCUGUGAGUUUCAUUAUCGCCUUUUUAGCCAGGACAUUACCGGACAGUUUUAAUGAGGCCAAGUACAUCACCUUCAGCAUGCUGGUGUUCUGCAGUGUCUGGAUUGCCAUGAUCCCGGCCUAUCUGAGCACCAGAGGGAAAUACAUGGUGGCUGUGGAGGUUUUUGCUAUAAUAGCAUCAAGUAUUGGACUUCUUGGUUGUAUAUUUUUCCCAAAAUGUUACAUAAUUCUGUUCAGACCUGACCUGAAUACAAAAACAUAUAUCCACUAAUAUGUAAGGAGCAACACUGGGU